CUCGCAGCGCAAGGCCCGCCCCUGCCCUCCGCGUCCCGGGGUGCCCGGCUCGCCGGGUGGUGCCACGCUCCCGGCGCCGCCGGCUGGGGAGGCAGAGGCGUGGAGGGUGGGAGUCGGGGCCGCCAGGGCGUGGCCGCUCCACGGGCCCGCCCAGCCGCCGCGCGCCAAAGUCAAAGUGCGGGUCCCGCCGGCGCGAGCUUGACGCUGCCUCCCGAGCUCCCAGCUCCUCCGCACUCCUGCAGGUCCCUUAGCCCGAGCCGUCGCGAGCGAGCAGGCAUGACCACCCCGCCUAAGAGGUUCUGCCCUUCUCCCUCCGCCAGCUCCGAGGGGACACGCAUCAAGAAGAUCGCCAUCGAGGGGAACAUCGCUGCUGGGAAGUCCACGUUCGUGAAUAUCCUGAAGCAAGUCUGUGAGGACUGGGAAGUGGUGCCUGAACCUGUUGCCAAGUGGUGCAACGUUCAGAAUACGCAAGAUGAGUUUGAGGAACUGACAACAUCUCAGAAAAGUGGUGGGAAUGUUCUUCAGAUGAUGUACGAGAAGCCUGAACGGUGGUCCUUCACCUUCCAGUCCUAUGCCUGCCUCAGCCGGAUCCGAGCUCAGCUUGCCGCCCUCAAUGGCAAGCUCAAAGAUGCAGAGAAACCCGUGUUAUUUUUUGAGCGAUCUGUGUAUAGUGACAGGUAUAUUUUCACAUCUAAUUUGUAUGAAUCUGACUGCAUGAACGAAACAGAGUGGACGAUAUAUCAGGACUGGCAUGAUUGGAUGAAUAGCCAGUUUGGGCAAAGUCUGGAGCUGGAUGGAAUCAUUUAUCUUCGAGCUACUCCAGAGAAAUGCUUAAAUAGAAUACAUUUACGGGGAAGAAACGAAGAACAAGGCAUCCUUCUUGAAUACUUAGAGAAACUUCACUAUAAACACGAGAGCUGGCUCCUUCAUCGAACUCUGAAAACCGACUUUGAUUAUCUUCAAGAGGUGCCUAUCCUCACACUGGAUGUCAAUGAAGACUUUAAAGACAAGCAUGAAAGCCUGGUUGAGAAGGUGAAAGAGUUUUUGAGUACUUUGUGAUUGAACGGAAGACUGCAGGCAACAGAAUUGUCUCCAGAAGCUUCCGUCUGCGUGUCCUCGUAGCUUGAUUUCAUACGAAGGUCUUCAUAGGAGUCACGUUUUUAAACCAGUUUCGUUUUAAGGAGAACAACCUUUUCUUUGUAUAUAUAUUUUAUUUAAUAUUCAGAAUCCCCUGUAAAACGUUAUGUCCCCCCUUUACUCCCUUUCUUCCUCCACUUCCUUCCUCAGUUUUGAGUCCGAGGUGUUCUCUCACACCAGGAAGUCUGGAGGUAGAUGUUCUCAGAACCAGUGAAGUGACUGAGUCACUGUUAGGAAAGGCCCCGCCUCCUUUCUUCCCGGUUGUUAUCCUGAGCAGGUAGACAUGUUUUCAUUGUUCUCUCACUUCUAGUUUUACAUCUAGAGGGCGUACAUACUUGUAAGUCAGCAUAGCUAUUACCCGCUGAACGGCGUAGUUUGGGGAAUCCCUAGAACAGGGAUUUGUUUGAAGUGUGUGUUUUGUUUUUCAUCUUGUUCCCUUUGGUGGUGCUGGACAUUAAACCCAGGGUCUCAUUCAUGCUAGGGAACCUUUCUACAGUGAACUGUCUCAGCCCUGUAGUGUUUUUAUCAACUACCUCUCCUUCCGCUCCACUUAAAGUUGACAAUAAGACCGUGUGAUCAUCACCUCGUUGAUGUUUAUUCAUGAGUCUGUGGUGCAUUUGUAGAGAAAGAGGUUGAAUUCUGUUCCCAGUGUGGUAAUGGUGUAAUUACUUUAUAAAUCAUUUAAUUUUUGCGUGUUUCUUCAUCCGUGAUGAGUACUUUUUUCUCUUAUUUUUUUUUUGUGAACAUAAAUUUUGGAAGAAAUCUUUUUAUAUUUAAAAGGUAGCUAAGACAUUUAUUACAUGGAGUAUAAAUCUUAAUGAAAUUAGUUACUGCUUUUCUUGGAUUACUAUAGUUUAAAUGCUUGUUUAAAUUAUGUUUUGCUUUUGUUUUUUUGUUUGUUUGUUUUUUGAGGCAAAGUCUCUUCACAGCUUGAACUCCACCCACCUCUGUCUCUGCAAGCCUUGUCCUCUGGCUCCCCCCCCCCCCCCCCCCC